AUGGUAUAUUUCCAUAGCUCAAUCUCUCCCGUUGACCAAUCAUCAUCAUCCAUGGCGAAUUCCCUCGAUUUCCCCAAAUCGAGGAACCGUAAGACACUCAAUUCUCUUCAGAUUCCGCCUUGCGAGCGAUCCCGAUCUCGAUCGGCUGUUAUCGAUGUCGUUAUAUUUAUAGCUGUUAUAACCGCUUUAGGGUUCUUGGUUUUCCCUUACAUUCAGUUUGUGAUUAGUGAAAGUUUCAAAAUUUGUUGCUUGAUUGUUGAUUUGGUGAGGGAAGAAGUUUCUGUUGCUCCUGUGAUCUAUGUUUCUAUAGGUGUUAGUGCUUCAUGUGCUGUUUGUGCCACAUGGUUUUUCGUGUCGUAUAUAUCGAGGAAAUGUGGGAACCCUAAUUGCAAGGGGUUGAAGAAUGCUGCUGAGUUUGAUAUUCAGCUGGAAACUGAGGAUUGUGUGAAGAAUUCGGCGUCGUUGGGGAAAGAUGGUGGUGGUGUUAAGAAGGGUCUUUUUAAGAUUCCGUGUGAUCAUCAUCGCGAACUUGAGGUGGAGCUUAAGAAGAUGGCGCCGAUUAAUGGAAGGGCUGUUCUUGUUCUUAGAGGAAAGUGUGGUUGUUCUGUUGGUAGGUUAGAAGUUCCGGGUCCGAAGAAGAAUAGAAAGAUCAAGAAAUAG